UAUCAUUUGUACCACGAUACUAUCUUAAUUCAUAAUUUGUACACAUCAUAAUUUGACAAUUUAAAAUUUUUUUUUAAUAAAUACAUUAAAUUCCUGUGAUUAUGAGUUACUCAAAGACUUAAGUUUAAGUGAAUUGUAUUACUAUAAAUUUCAAACUAUAAAUAAAACUAUGGAUUUUCGUACAUUAGAAAACGAAAAUCUGCCACCUCUAUCGAGUACACCUACCGAAGUACCAUUGCCCAAAUAUCCAAUCUGGACCGUUGAGUAUUUUCAAAAGUAUUUUGAUGUAACUUCAGAAGAUGUACUCGAGCGUAUUAAAGGAGCAUUGAUCCCUACUUAUGGAGUUAACUACUUACAACGUUACAUCAGAGCAAAACCAGAUGUAUAUGGUCCAUUUUGGAUAUGUUUGACUCUGGUGUUUUCUAUAGCCAUCAGUGGAAAUGUUGCAAAUUACAUACAAGUAGCUGCUGAUCAUGACUAUCAUUGGAAGUAUAAUUUUCAUGCUGUAUCCUCAGCAGCCACAGCAAUAUUUUUAUAUGCUUGGUUAUUACCACUAAUGCUAUGGGCAUUUGUUAAAUACAAAGAGCCACAGUUUAAUCUAAGCUACUUGGAACUGCUGUGUUUGUACGGAUAUUCGCUAUCAAUAUUCGUGCCCAUUUCAAUUCUGUGGGUAAUUCAAAUCAAUUGGUUGCAGUGGCUUUUGGUUGCAGCUGGCACACUAGUGUCAGGUUAUGUAAUUGUAUUUUCAAUCAUGCCUUCAUUAGGACAAAAACCAUUUGCGUUUAUAUUCUUAAUAACUAUUUUACACUUGUUUAUGGGAACCGGAUUCAUGUUAUAUUUUUUUCAUGUCCCACCAAUACAGAAGUCAUGAAAAAAAAAACUAAUCAUAUUUUUAUGUUCAUGUAUAAUAUAAUAAUAAUAAUAAUAAUGUAUAAAUAUUUAAAAUACUUAUAUAAUAUAUAAAUGAUAAAUUGAAA